AUGUCAUUCGCAGCAGCGGAGUCAACGACACUUCCAUGGACACCUACUCACCCUGCCAGUGGUGCAGCCACUAUACCCUUCAUUACCUCAAAGCGAGCAGCGCAUGCUGCAGAAGCCACCACCACUCCCUCAAAGCGACGUUAUAUUGCCGAAGUCGUAAAUCUGUACCCUAUCAUCAUGAUUUCCUCCUCUCAGACUGCCCUUAUAACUAUACAUGACGUCAAGCGUUUCCUGCAAGAAUCACUUUUCGAGUCUUCCUCAGCGGCACGCGAACGUGCUACAUCUGCUGGAAACUCCCGCGCUGAGGAUGUCAUUCACAUUGACAGGCGGCGAGUACCGCCUUCCUCGUCGUCGCAGCCUACGCCUCGCGGAGAUAUUCAAUGGUACUUUGUUGUUGAUAGCACUGACGCGUUGCAGAAAUAUGGCGUGGAUGCACGGGAACGUGUUGUCUGCGUGAUGAGCACCGGCCAAGCCUGGCAGUUGCGUCCGUACAUGUAG